CCUGGACCGGGAAACUCACUUAAACCAGCGCGUGAGACGUUCAGCAGCUGAAUGGGUUGUGGACUGAGGUACAGGAAGAGGUACAGCUUUAGCUGGAGAGAAAUAGAGUGUUAUAGUAACGUCUGUGAUAACUGAGUUCAAAGAGAGUAAUGAUUCACUUUUGCUGUAAUGUUUAGUUACCGGAAGGCAGUCGUUAGAUAACGCUAGAACCGCAAGGUGAAGUGAAUUCUGAAGUCGUGAGAGUUCAUUUCCGUUAAGGGUUUAGAUUAGACACGGGGUCCUGUUUUCAGAUGUCCCGUUCAGACAAGGCUGAAGCGAGUUUAGCACACUUAAAGCGAGAAGCGUCUCUAUAACGUGACAAACUCGACAGUAAAACCCGUUACACAACACUGAACCGCACGCGCAGGCGACAAGAUGCCUGAAGCUGGAACAGAUAUGAAUAUGGACCGACUGUUUGAGCUGAAAACGUCGGCUUCCAUAGGCACGGAAAACAUCCCACCUCCAUCUUUAUCCAGUGCUCCGUCCGGGGACAUCCUUCGCAACUUUUACCACACCAAAAGAGUUGGGAAUUACCUCAUCGGCAGGAAGCUGGGAGAGGGCUCUUUCGCCAAAGUGCGUGAGGGGCUGCACGCGCUCACCGGAGAGAAGGUGGCAGUGAAAGUGAUCGACAAAAGAAAGGCCAAGAAGGACUCAUAUGUUACCAAAAAUCUGCGCAGAGAGGGUCAGAUCCAGCAGAUGAUUCGCCACCCCAACAUCACGCAACUGCUAGAUAUCCUGGAGACUGAAAACAGUUACUAUCUUGUGAUGGAGCUCUGCCCAGGAGGAAACCUAAUGAACCACAUCUAUGAGAAGAAGCGACUUGAUGAGAGGGAGGCACAGAAAUAUGUCCGCCAGCUAGUCAUGGCUGUGGAGCAUCUGCACAGGGCUGGGGUAGUACACAGAGACCUAAAGAUUGAAAAUCUUUUGCUAGAUGAACAAGACAACAUAAAGCUCAUAGAUUUUGGACUUAGCAACUGUGCAGGAAUCCUGGGAUAUUCUGACCCUUUUAGCACACAGUGUGGCAGCCCAGCCUAUGCCGCCCCUGAGCUGCUCUCAAGGAAGAAGUACGGGCCCAAAGUAGACGUCUGGUCGAUUGGAGUCAACAUGUAUGCCAUGCUCACUGGCACCCUUCCUUUCACGGUGGAGCCUUUCAACCUCAAAGCAUUGCACCAGAGAAUGGUGGACAAGGACAUGAACCCUCUGCCUCCUUCACUCUCCUCAGCUGCAGUUAGUUUACUGAAGAGCCUUUUGGAACCAGACCCUGCCAAAAGACCUAACAUCCACCAAGUUAUGGGUGAUUCAUGGCUACAGCUGGGCAACCCACACACUGGAAUCCCUUACUUAAACAGGAUCCAUAUUGAGGAGAUCAACCACACGGUUCUUCUGCAUAUGACUGAACGAAUGGGCUACAAGCACAGUGAAGUCCUUAGUGCUGUGCUCACUAACCGUGCCUGUCACACUCUUGCCGUCUACUUCCUCCUUAACAAGAAAAUGAAAAGACUCUCCAAAGAGUACCGGGAAAAGCAGUACACUAUGGAAAAGGAGAAAAAGAGUGAGCUAUUCCAGACACAAUGGAGGAAACAUAUUGAGAAGAUCACCAUUCCCCCAAAGCAGACACCAGUCUAUUUGGCUGUGAGCAAAGGCCCCACCAAAGAAAAGAAACAGAAAACAGGGCUUCUUAAAGCGAUGACCGGCCUGAAGGACGCUUACUCACGACAGGGUGGCUGCAUUGCCUCCUCCUCCUUAGAAUACCUAGAAAUCCACCCGCUGUUUCCACAAACAUCUCAAGGAGGGCGGCACAUUGAUGCCCAGCCACCCAAGAAAGACGGCCCGAGAGCUGUGGAUGUGCCUGCGCGGCCUCCCUCGUCUCUGGGUGCACAUUCCUGGGCAUCAGCGAGCAAAGAGCCUAGCAAAGAUGAUCCACCAUCACCCUGGUACAAGCUCACCAAUGGAGCUCUCUCACCACCACGACAUGUUUCUGCUUUCCACCAGCCAGACAGCUCCUACCUCAAAAAGGCCACCAUCCCCAGUGUCCCAGUGGUCAUUGUAAAACCCCAGCCCAAGAAUACUCCCCCCAGCACAGAGUGGCACGGCAAACCCGAGUCCGGCAGCAGUGGGGGCAGCAGCAAUGAGGAGCCCAGCAGCCCUCAGCACCGUGCCAAGUUCCCCUCCAUGGGCAUUGGACAGAUCUUGAAGAAGAAAGUUCAACCCUUUGCCUUUCCAGCACCUCUGUUCAGGCCCGAGCCGGCCGUAGAGGUAGAGUCGCCAACUCCAUACCACAUGCAGACUCUACUGUGUGCCUCUGGGGCGCUCAAGACUCUGUGCUGAUGACGAAGGCACAUUUGAACUAUCUUAGGAAGUUUUAAAAAAAGAGUGUUUGCUCUUUCACCAUUACAUCUUAAGUACUGUCAUAUUCUGAAGUAAACACACCUUUAAAACAGAAACUGUAUGCAGUAAACUGAUAUUAACUACCACUGAUUUUUAUACCGUUCGAAGCGCCAGGGCUUCCAGUGUGGUGGGGUAAUCGAACUUGAAACCUGUGGAGAGUGAGCUGUCCUUGAUAUGCACAGAUAGAUUCCUGUAGAUGCCUGGGCACACCCCAACUCCGAGCACUGUGUUAUUAAUUACCUCUAAUGUGGCACAAUGGUCACAAACUAGAAUGCUAAUAGUAAUAUUUUCAUUUUACUGCAGACACCAUUUGAGCAUCGUAUAAAGACUUUCAUUAAACCACAUAUUUUUUCAAUAGAAGAUGCUGCAUCACUGCCAGUUCACUAUGUACCUCGGAGCACCUGUGGAGCAAAUCAUCCUGCGAUUGUUUUUAUUACUUAGCGGAAUGAGUGAAGCUGUUGCUGCAUUUCCACCUCACAAAAGUUACAGACACUCAGGUCUACUUCACAGAAAAGAAAAUCUCCCCUUAGUCUUGCUGUGAAUUACUGUCACCACUAGCUUUUUGCUUACUUUGAAAGAGAUUGCUGAACUUUGUAUAGCCUUAAAUACCAUGUGUUAAAGCCCUUUGGUCAAAAUAGGGCUGAUCAGAAGUAUUGUUGCAUUGUGUAGCCUGUGUGUUAUCACUUAAAUGUGUUAAAUACAUACAUUUUGGGGAGGGAGUCGGGGUUCAUCAUGUUGUAACCCAUCAUGUUGAGUGACGUAGUAGACUGUGCAAUAGUGCAAUUACUUUGUACCCAGUAUUAAUCAUCUACAUGCUUUAAUUCUGUUCAUAGAACAGUUCUGACCCUGUGAUGUGAGAACCACUUGUAAAUAUGAACUCAAUGUGUCUUUCAUGUUGUGAGUACACUGAUACCUUCACUCAUUGCACAUUACUGUAGUUGAGGUAAAAAGCUUUCAAAGUGUUUACUUGAACAGAAGGCUAGGAACUGUUUGUUAAUUAAAUUUUCUAACAUGAAAUUCCUCUUUGCAUGCGAAAAGACUUUGUUCCAAUGAUUUGUAGGUUGUUGGACGUGGUUUUGUUACAGUGAGCAAUGAACCUGAGGUCUAAAUUCUUUUGAAGUCUGAGGACCUUUUUGUAAACUUUAUAACAAGUUGUGCUUAUGUGAGAAGAGAUUUUUAUGCUGUAAAAAAAGAUUUUUUAAUAUUUAUAUUUUAAAAACAGUAUUUGUGCUCUGUUUUUCUUUUGCACUAAACACACUGCUUUUAUGACACUUCUUACACAAUAAAACUGAUUUGACUGAGAAUACGACUUUAUUUUAGCAUGUUUUACUACCUCACAUUCUAAGAAAAUGCUUUUUUCAUAUGCCUGUAAUGUGAAGUGGGGCAAUUUGUGCUGCCCACUUUCCUCAUGGGACACCUGUGAAAUAAGUGACAGCUGAACAACCCCACGGGCCUCAUUUAAUCCAGUCAGCUGUGCAACAGCCCCACAAAUACCCAACAUAUGCACACACAGUAUGUGUGUACUUUCUACACCCUUGAUAAAUGAUAUGGGUGUUCACACACUCAGUCCUGGAUAAAUCAAUGUGGCCAAGCUGUGGGUGGGUGGACAAGGGAGAUUCCACAAUUAGGGUGCCAAUUAUAACUUAUGUAACUUAACACCUAAAAAUUAAACUUUAUCUUGGCAUUUUUUCAAUGUUAACGCUAAAAAAAAACCCCAGACAUUUAACUAUUAAAAACGAGUUAACCCUUCUUAGGCAA